AUGGGACAAAUCAAGCACAGCCAUGUACAAAUAAGAGGACAGAUAUUGGCACUGAUUUGCAAUGGAUUCUUGUAUCCAGGUCCAAAGGUGGUGUUGUUCCCUCAUGGAUUCCCAGAAAUCUGGUACACUUGGAGGCAUCAGAUGAUUGUUGUUGCUGAUGCUGAUUUUGGCCGGCUAGAGAUCAAGACAGUUAUAAGAAACAUCUGCAUUCUCUUCUCUGGAGCUGAGCUACCAAUAGCUAGAGAUGACCAAGAGAUCAUGGACUUGGUCGAUCCUUCUACUCCUCUAACACCAUGGUUCUCUGAGCAAGAUCUUGCAGUUUAUUCAUCUUUAAUUGUAUGUGAACUCAGAAUUCCGUUUUCCAUUACAAGAGUAGACUCUGGAGAAACGUCAAGCAUUGACUGCAUCCUAAAGAUGCCUGGCAUGAAGGAGGGCGUAAAGGAGCGGACAAGCAAAGAGUUUUGA